AUGGCAAAGUCUGUGUUUGAAAUGUUUCUUGGCCUAUCCUUCGUUCUCAUGCUUAGCAUGAGCCUCUCGCCUGGUGCUACAGAUGAAGACAGAAAGGUUUACAUUGCAUACCUUGGAUCACUUCCUGAACGAGAUUACAGUCCAUCCUCUCACCAUUUUAGCAUGCUUCAAGCAGUUAUUAAGCAGAGCUCUGUAGCAAAUUACUUAAUCAGAAGUUACAAGAGAAGCUUCAACGGAUUUGCUGCCAAGCUCACCAAUGAAGAGGCAAACAAACUUGCAAGCAUGAAGGAAGUAGUCGCCCUUUUUCCAAAUAAAGUUUACCACCUUCAAACAACAAGAUCAUGGGACUUCAUGGGACUCAAAGACAGUGUUAAACGUAAUCCGACUGUUGAGAGCGAUGUCAUUAUUGGUGUCAUUGACUCUGGAAUCUGGCCUGAGUCUGAAAGCUUUAGUGAUAAAGGCUUUGGUCCUGCUCCCAAAAAGUGGAAGGGUUCUUGCAGUGGUGGCAAAAAUUUCACAUGUAACAAUAAGCUUAUUGGAGCUCGAUUUUACAACUCAGAGGAGCCUAGAGAAGAGUCUGCCAGGGACGGAGACGGUCAUGGAACUCAUACUGCAUCUACAGCCGCUGGAAACAAUGUAGAGGAUGCUAGUUUCUUCGGAUUGGCGCAAGGCACUGCAAGAGGGGGAGUUCCUUCCGCGAGGAUUGCUGCAUAUAAAGUUUGCAAACAAAACGGCUGUGCUUCGGCAGAUAUCUUGGCAGCCUUUGAUGAUGCUAUUGCUGACGGAGUUGAUCUAAUAACAAUUUCAGUAGGAUCAACUACUCGGUCUGACUUUUACCAGGAUUCUAUAGCCAUUGGUGCUUUUCAUGCAGCUGAGAAAGGAAUACUUACUGUACAAUCAGCAGGUAAUGAAGGUAGGUUAGGAAAACAAGGAGUGACAAGUGUAGUACCAUGGAUCCUUUCUGUUGCAGCAAGCAGCAUUGAUCGUCGAUUCUUUAGCAAGGUUGUCCUUGGGAAUGGGAAGACUCUCAAUGGGCUUUCAAUUAAUUCUUUUGAUCUUAAAAAAACCAAGUUUCCACUAGUUUAUGGGAAAGAGAUAGCAAAUCUAGCGUGCAAUGAGGAGAUCACUGCUCGGGUGUGUGAGACAGGGUGCCUGAACAGUACUUUGGUAAAGGACAAAAUUAUUCUAUGUGAUCAGUUUCGAGGAAAUAAUGACGCUCUUGAUGCUGGUGCUGCGGGAUCAAUUUUGAAAACUGAAAUUGAUGAUGUUUCAUUCGUUCUCCCAUUGCCUGCUUCGGCUCUAAGCACAGAUAACUAUGAGUCAGUCAAGUCCUACUUGAAUUCUACCAAACGACCUGUAGCAGAAAUAUUGAGAAGUGAAACCAUUGAAGAUUCAGCUGCUCCUGUAGUUGCUCCCUUCUCUUCAAGGGGACCGAAUUUCAUGGAACCAGAUAUUAUGAAGCCGGAUUUAAGCGCCCCAGGAGUAGAUAUCUUGGCUGCAUUUUCACCAAUCGGUUCACCCUCAGGUAAUCCUGCAGACAAGAGGCAAGUCAAAUACAGCAUUUUAUCUGGAACUUCUAUGUCGUGCCCUCAUGCGGCUGCUGUAGCUGCCUAUGUCAAAACAUUUCAUCCUGAAUGGUCUCCUUCAGCCAUCCAAUCUGCUCUUAUGACAACUGCUUUUCCCAUGGAUCAGUCUACCAAUCCAGAUGGUGAAUUAGCAUAUGGAUCAGGGCAUGUCAACCCAGUAAAAGCCACCGAUCCUGGGCUUGUAUAUGAAGUUGUUAAAGGGGACUAUAUAAAAUUCUUGUGCAGCAUUGGAUAUGAUUCAGAGAAACUUAGACGAAUAUCAGGAGAUAACAGCACUUGCUCUAAGACCUCUGAAAAUAUAUUGCCAAGGGAUCUCAAUUAUCCUUCACUUACAGCUCAAAUUCUGCCAGACAAGUCGUUCACAGUUGGUUUUCAUAGAACAGUUACAAAUGUUGGCAUAGCAAGCUCUACUUACAAGGCAAAAGUCUCAUCAAACUCGAAACUUGAGGUAAAAGUGGACCCUGAAGUUCUCUCCUUUAAGGCCUUGAAGGAAAAAAAGUCUUUUAAUGUGACUGUUACUGGAGAUGCUUUGAGUCUUUUCUCUGUGGUUUCUGCAUCAUUGGAAUGGUCAGAUGGCACCCACAGUGUGAAAAGUCCAAUUGUUAUACACUCAUACAAAAGCUUCCGACUGGAAGGCAGCACCCUAUGACCCAAUCAUUAGAAGUCUUAUAAGUUUGUCCUAUUGUUCUCCUUUCAGUGGCAUCUACAGUGUGAGAAAUCCAAUUAUUGGGCACAGAUUUGCAGCAUUAGUUCCUGCUUCAGCAUCACAUUCAUGCUUGUAAACUGUCAUGUUAAUCUACAAUUUUAAAUGAAAUAAUUACUUUGCUGUGCCAGUCAACAGAAUUCUUGCUUGGUAUUGCAGGAAGAGAAACUCAAUGCCGGUGGGCAGUAAAUACAUAACAAAAAGAGUAGUAAAUUGAACCCUUUAUUAGGCAAUGCAGCUAUUACAGGAAUUUAUUACACUGGAAGUGUAAUUCAUACUAUAAUACACAAA